AUGUCGGAAAAUGCGAGAAGCAGAGAUAUUCGACGAACAUUUUCGCUUGAUCCCCGAUAUUCAAACAACCAAAGAAACAUUUCAAAUGAUCCCCGACAACCGGAUAGUGAAAGAGGCGUUUCAAAUGAUCUUCGGCAACCGGACAGUCAAAGAGGCGUUUCAAAUGGUCUCCGACAUCCAGACAACCAAAGAAAUGUUUCAAAUGAUCUCCGACAACCGGACAGUCAAAGAGACGUUUCGUAUAAUCCCCGACAUCUGGACAACCACAGAGACGUUUCAAAUGGUCUCCGACAUCCAGACAGUCAAAGAGACGUUUCGUAUAAUCCCCGACAUCCGGACAACCAAAGAAACGUCUCAAAUGAUCUCCGACAUUCGGACAACCAAAGAAACGUUUCAAAUGAUCCCCGAUAUCCGGAUAGUCAAAGAGACGUUUCGUAUAAUCCCCGACAUCCGAACAACCAAAGAAAUGUUUCAAAUGAUCUUCGACAUUCGUACAGCCAAAGAGACGUUUCGUAUAAUCCCCGACAUCCGGACAGCCAAAGAGACGUUUCAAAUGAUCCCCGACAUCCGGACAGUCAAAGAAAUGCUUCCCACAAUCCCCAAAAUUUUCAUCGCCAAACAAGCCAAUGGAAUAAACCAACCAAUCCUGUUCAUAUUCCAAGAUACCACUCGAACACCAAUCCUCAUGAUAUUGACAAUGAUAACACAUUGGGAUAUAUACAACGACCUCAUUAUAUUCCUGAUAGAACGAACAGAAAUGAGGGAACGAUUCUGAAUAGAGAAGAUGGUGGACAGUCACAAAUAAGUACUACUACUAAUAUGCACACGGUACGCAAAGACAGUAUCGUAUAUAAACCGUAUAUUCUUUGGAUUGAUAAGAAGGAUGGAGAAAAUGAUAUUAUUGCAAAGCAUUUAGAAAGCAAUGGACAUAUUCAUAUAGAAUUUUUCGAGACAUUUUCAUCGUUACAAAAUUAUUUGCAAAAAAGCACAAGGCCAAUCAAAUCAUCUCCAUUUCAAAUUAUUUCUCGUGGCUAUUAUAAAAAUGAGGAUAAAAAUCCAUUGGAUUUGUUAUUGUUUUUAAAUCAGAACGAUUUAAAACAUGUUCCUGUGAUUGUUUUUACUAAAGAUAAAUCUGGGUUAGAAACUCGAUUGGCAUCCCAGGGAUCUUCAAAGGGCGUUUACGACUGGAAAGACCGUUUAUGUAUAAUAACCAAUCCUAAAGAAUUAAUUGCCAAAUGCAAAAGCAAUAUCGCAAAUUAA